AUGUUCGAGUCAGAUCGCCAAGAACUUCUGGAGUCAAGUCUCUGGAAACCACUUGAUAAGUGUCUGGGCUACAUAGAAGCGGGCGAUUAUUAUGAUGCUGAAGGCACGACUCGAUCACCGUAUUACAAGAGAGAUUAUCUGCCGGACACCGAGGUAGAAGAUUGGUUGUCUCAAAGUGGUCGAUUCGCAACUGACGCACGAUGCUCCCUCCGUGUGUUGAUGUGUGAGCGAUUGGACUUUGAGCGACUUGGUUUUGCCAUGAGCAAGCGUUCAUUCUUAUCAGCAGAGACUACAUUCGGCUUACCACCCGAAGCGCUACCGAUCCUGAAUCUCCAUCGAGGACAAUAUUACUCUAAUAUCAUGUGGAAUGAUGCCGACGACAAUGAGUCGAUGAGCUCUAUAGGUAAGCCAUUGGAAUUGGUUACACCAUACAGCAUGACAUUGAUGCGUAUUCCAGCCGUCACAAUCAAGGUCCCACAAAUGAUGGAAUUAGGAAACUUCGGACUUUCGCUCACCCAUAUUCUGAAGAGUGGCACUACAAUGGCCCUCAUACAUGGGUGGAAUAUGUGGACGAACACACUCCCCAACGGAAAUCGUGUGGAACCUCACCAUAUGAAAAUUGAGAAGCUGAUCAAAUCUACACACUCUCUUUGGACUCAUCCACUGCUGUUGCCGCUAGUUUUCCUACGUGAACACCUGUCGAGAGCCGAUAUGCAAAGUAGCAAACUAUCUAGAGAGGUGCAAACUAUUGAGAGAAAUCUUGGUAUCGAACGUACUGGCCGACUUGCUAUGAUUGACAUUGGUGUCACGGAUCAAAUGAAACAGCUUUUCGGGCAAGAAGAAAAAAGAACAGGGCUGAUGUCCGAACUGACUUCAGCAUCGACAGAUGUAUCCAAUGUGACGAGGGUUCUGAAGUGGGACAAAGAAUGCAUCCAGUUUCUUCAUCAAGUCAAAGGCCAAAUCGACAAAUGCCACGGCCGAAGUGCCAUCGCUCUGGACUCAGAGUUGUCUAGCCUGAUACAAUUUAUGUAUUGUCAUGUUGAAUCAGCUGGAAAUUUUACUGGUUUCUUGCACUCAAGACUGGAAACAGAACUGAAUGUGGUUCGUGAAAACCCAUCACUUGACAAAAAUCAAAGAGUAUGCUAA